AUGGCAGCACAAGUGACUCCCGAAGCACUGACUGCGCCAACACAAACAUUUGACAAUGCUCCACCGUUCCCAGAGGAUGUUCCGACCGCACCUCUUCUACGCCUGUCUCUGGCUAAACUCCUCGAACGGGAUCCUGAAGAGGUCAUUCGUUUCGUGCGAGCCUGCGAGGACCUCGGAUUCUUCUAUUUAGACUUAAGUGGCCCAGGAGACUCUCUGCUUGCCGAUGCAGACCAGCUUUUCAAAGUCGGCGUGGAGUUGUUUGAGCUCCCACUGGACGAGAAAAAGAAGUACGAUUUCCAGCAAAAGAAGUCGUACUUUGGCUACAAAGGUUUUGGUGCCAACGUGGUUGACCGGGAUGGUAAUCUCGAUCGCAACGAGUUCUACAAUGUGUCCAAAGAUGAUAUGUUUGGGCUCAUGGAUCCGCUCCCCGCUCCGGAAGUCCUCGAUUCACAACGGCCCCUUCUGAAGUCGUUCAUGUCAUCAGCUCACAGCAUUGUUACACUAGUCCUGGGAUUGCUUAACGACCACCUUAAACUACCACCCAACACUUUGCAAGACAUGCACCGCCUCGUCGAGGGCCAUUCAGGAGAUCAAAUCCGCUUCAUCAAAGCUCCGCCACAGCCCAUGGACGACCGGCGAACAGCUCUGGGUGAGCAUACCGACUUCGGAAGUGUGACGGUCCUCUUCAAUCGUUUGGGUGGUCUGCAGGUCCUUCCGCCUGGACGCGACGCACAAUGGUGCUAUGUCAAACCCCUCCCAAAUCACGCCAUUAUCAACCUGGGCGAUGCAAUGGUGAAGUUCACAAACGGUCUUCUUAGAUCUAACAUACAUCGCGUGGUUUCCCCGCCGGGCGAGCAGGCAAACCACACCAGAUACUCCCUGGUAUACUUCAACCGACCGGAGAAUGAUGUGAUGCUGAAGCGGUUGGAGGGAAGCGAGAUGAUUCCUCCAUUAGAGAAGGACGCGGUUGAAGAGCAGAUCAACAGCAAAGAUUGGAUCAUAAGAAGAGCACUGGGACACCGGAUUGAACUGUUCGGCAAGGAUGCCUCGAAUUUUGACAAGAUCCAAGGAACUGAAAAGAUCAGCCAGCGUGCUUACCUGUAG